AUGAAGUCUCUUCUCGACGUCGUCAAUGAAAUUGACAACUUUCCCUACCAUGGUUCAAAAUCUUAUGACCAAUAUGUUGGUCGUCUAUGGGAAUUUCAUCUUGCGAAUGACUCGCGCGCUCAUGGAUAUAUCCCAGAUUUUGUAGUGCAAGCGAUGCCGUGGAACUCGGAUUUCCGUAUCGACGACAGCUCUGAUCCGAGAAGAGUCACUUUGCUCAAAAGUUCACUCACUGAUGCCAACCAGGCAAUUGCUGAUUUACUCCUGAGUGCUCGCGGAGACAAAAUCUUCAAGUGCCUGAAUGGUUGGCGUAACGAGGAAUAUCGAAUCUUGGGGGCCAAAUUGGACCUUAAAAUCGAACGAGCUGGAGCAGGACUUUUCGGAAUUACUACGACUGGUGUUCACAUGACUGUGUAUACUCGAUCCCCAGACGGAGAGAUACUUCUUUGGGUUCCAAAACGCUCCAUGACCACAAAAAAGAACCCAGGAAAAUUGGACAGCAGUGUGGCGGGAGGAGUUCCUGCUGGGGUUGAGCCGUUUGAAUGUUUGGUCAAAGAGGCAGCUGAAGAGGCUAGUCUGUCCCCAGAACUGACGAGACUCCGCGCAAAAGCCACAGGCUGUGUCAUGGAAUACCAUGUUGAGGAUGCCGGAGAAGGGUUGUUGGAGCCAUCUGUAAAAUUUGUUUACGAUAUGGAAAUUGACAGGGAAACCGUGCUACAGCCAGCUGAUGCAGAGGUGGAGGAAUUUCGACUGAUGACUGCCACGGAGGUACAAGAAAACAUUGUCGCAGGCAACUACAAGCCCAUGUGUGUUAUGGUGUUGAUCGACUUUUUGAUUCGGCAUGGAAUUCUGACUAUCGAAAAUGAGAAAGAUUACUCAGAGCUCGUAGCGCGAACUCACCGGUUUCUGCCUUUCCCUUUGAGACCGGAGUAG